AUGGCCUUUCGGCUCGCAGAUCUCCCUCCUGAGAUCCGACACCUAAUCUGGGAUGCGACCCUCCCGGAGCGCCGCGUCUUUCACGUUAGCGACUGCGCCAAGAUAGCCUACCCCAACCCGGAGGAGAAGGGGGACGAGGACGAGGAGGCGGAGGCGGAGGCGGAGGCGGAAGAGGAGCAGCACGAGGACGGCAUCGACUCGUCCGGCAUGGCCACCUGGCAGCCAGAGCCCGGCGAGCGGACCUUUGACUUUUACAUCCGCCACGCUCCUCCCUUGGCAACCCAAAUCUGCCGCGAGUCCCGCAUGGUCGCCCUGUCGUCGGGCUUCUUCUUCCUCUCGCCCAGCAGCAGGUCGAUUGUCAGGCCGCCGUCGCCCGGGGCAUGGUUCAAUCCCCGGCGAGACAUGCUCUACCUUGACCGCAACAUGCGGCACCGAAUCAAGGCCGAGCCGCGGCUGCACGUCGCCGGCAUGGACAGGGUUCUUCACGUCGGCGUCGAGUGGCGGGCGUGGUUCCGCGACAUUCCUCGCCUGCGCGAGGGCCAGGACAUGUGCCCGCACUGGCGGGCGGCGCUGGAGCCGCUGCUGCUGUGCUGCCCGCGCGCCGAGACGGUCAGCUUCGUGCUCCCGCGGGUGCGUCACGUCGGCGGCGUCACGUUUGGAAGGGAGCCCUACGGCGCGGCGCAGUACCCCUGCGACCUGGCGCCACUGCCGGACGGCAUCCAAGUGCCGUGGGAGAAGCUGCCGCAGCUGGCGCCGGGAGCCGCCCUCGGGACGCCCGGGCUGGCGCUGUCGCUGACGGGGGGCACGAGCACGCUCACCGAGUGGAGGACCAUCCGGCGCGAGAUGGAGGCGGCUCUGGACUCGCUCGGGCGGCGUGACAAGGGAGCAGCCGCGGAAAUGAGCCAUGAAUGGGGCCGAGCGCUGCUGGCCACGCAAGGGAGACGACAUGGAAGAAGGGCGCCGUCGUCCACAAGCGUGAGAGGCUGGUGGCUGCUCCGACCCGGGGCGCCGACCAACUACGAGCAGCAGCAGGUCCGAGAGUUCUUGUCUUGA